AUGCUGAUAUUAUUGACUCCAACAUCACUGUCAGCAUCAUUCAUUUUCUUAGAGGUCAAGAUCAAUUCACCGGAUUACAAAGGUAUAAUGACACAGGAAGAGGCCAAGGAAGAUUUUCUAAAGAGAAUUGAAAACUACAAAUUGCAGUAUGAACCUUUGGAUGAGGAGAUUGACGAUGAUCUAUCAUUUAUCAAGGUGAUAAACGCCGGGAAGUCUUUUUUCGUGCACAACGUGAAUGGCCAUGUUCAAAGCAGGGUUGUUUACUUCCUAAUGAAUAUACAUUUGUUGCCGAGAAGCAUUUAUCUAACGAGACAUGGUGAGAGUGAAUACAAUCAAAUCGGAAGGCUGGGAGGAGACAGCCCUUUGAGUCUCAACGGACUAAAUUACGCCGACAAGUUGAAGGAAUACUUCAAGAUCGAAUCGCUGAAAGAUCUGCGAGUUUGGUCGUCGCAAAAGAUUCGUGCUGCUCAAACUGCUGCAAAUAUGCGCGAUUUGGCAACGAAUGUUGAGUACUGGAAGGUUCUUGAUGAGAUCGACGCAGGUAUAUGUGAAGGACUUACCUACGAGGAUUUCGAAGCCCGAUAUCCGAAA